AGAGGACUAGGGAGUAGCAUUGCCUUUCAAGAGCUCCGUGUAAAUUGUAAUAUAUUUAAUAAUUUGGAUUUGACAUCCAUUAUUGCUCAAUUGCAAUUUUUCGAAUCUGAACGAUGACCGACAAUCCUGUAUCCGAAGAUUUGUUUAGAGCAAUUCAAGACAAUGAUUUGGUCAAAGCACGCACGAUUCUGGCAAAACAAGAUGGCGUCGACCAUUCCAGCUUCAGCUCUAUAGAUGUGCAAGAUUCAGACGGCUGGAGCGCUUUAAUGUUCGCAGUCCGACAAAACAAUGUCGAAAUAACACGGGAAAUAAUCAAACGCAGAGCGAACACAACUCUCAGAAACAACCAAGGGCAAACAGCAUUCGACAUAGCAAGGCAUUUUAAGUCGAGAGCAGCAAUAAAUUUACUAAAUUCACAAAAACCUUUAACAUCGGUCAAAUACCCGACGGUGAACUACUUUAGCCACGCGCCUUUGAACCGACGUGCGGACAAACGAAAAGACACAACAUGGCUGAACGAACAGAUGAAAAACCCAAAGUCAAAAUACGUCGUAUUUAGCAAAUUAAAACCACUAGCAGCAAAACUAUCCGGUGAGAAACGAUUUCGUUUGGCGGUAUUGAGUUACGAGAAAUUGUGCAGUAUUCUUGGAAAGGACAAGGAACGGCUAAAAAACAUUGUAUUUCUUGGAAUCGAGGAGAGUUUGACAAAAAAUGAUGACGAAGAGGCGAUUGAUGAUUUCGCAUGGUUUGCUGUUGAUAUUGGUAGGAUCAACGAUGCCUCGUCGAAAUUCUUGGAAGCCUUUCCAGGAACGGAAUACCUGGAGCCCCGACCGGGGUUUUUGCAAGUCCACAUAGAAGAUGCGACGAUCUUGGCCCAAGCACGGCCGAUACUUGAGUGGCAUCAGUUUAACAGAUUCUGCCCAAGAUGCGGAAAUGCUGUGUCUAUGGACGAAGGCGGUUACAAGCAGAGUUGUUCAAAUAAUGAAUGUGAUUCAAAUAAAAGAAUCCUUAAUGUGAGCUACCCUCGCAUGGAUCCGGUUGGUAUCAUGUUAGUCGUAUCCCAAGAUGGCACAGAGUGUUUGCUGGGUCGUAAACCAGUCUUUCCAGCGGGGAUGUAUUCCUGUCUUGCGGGAUACAUGGAACCAGGGGAGUCAAUUGAGGAUGCCGUGAGACGCGAGGUGCUUGAAGAAAGCGGUAUCCACGUGGGUCUCGUCGAGUACCAUUCCUCUCAGUUCUGGCCGUACCCUACGCAGCUUAUGAUUGGCUGCCUAGCUCAUGCCACCACAGACAGGAUAAUCGUGGAUAAAGAGGAACUCGAGGAUGCGCAAUGGUUCAGUAUGGAUAGUGUAAGACGCGCGAGUAACCGUGUUGUUGAUCAUUCAAAGCCACCAUCCUUGUGGUUCCCGCCCAGACAGGCAAUCGCAAGACAGUUGAUUGAACAUUGGUUAGAUUCUGGCUCAUCAAGGUUAUAGAUGAAACCCUUGUUCUCCAAGAUUGUAGGUUAUUAUAAUUCCUGAGACAGUUUGAAAUCACAUACAGUGACAUACAAUUGUGACAAAAUAUAUUCAGAAGCAUGUUCAAAGGCACAGUGAAGCCUUUUGAGUGAUGGUUAAUUAACUAAAACGCAUAACCACCUUAAUCAAUAAAAAAUUAACUAUGGAAAUUCAAGCAUAAUUAAUGAUUGCCGAACACAAUGUUUUUCUCAUUCAAAAUGUUAAAAACAUUUAAUUAUUUAGCUUAAAUUAUGCUUAAUUGCUUUCCCUAGUUAAUUUCCCAUGGUGGUAAUCGUUCGACGUUUGACUCCAUCAUUUAAAAGGCUGACCAGUGUCUUUCAACAAAUGCAGAAUAAAAACUACAAGAGCAAACCUUAUUUUAAAAUUGCGCCUUGUUUGCUUCAUUUGUUCUAUCAAGCAACUUUUUCAUUACUCACCUCAGAUAUACAUUGAGUUUACUUCAAUAGUGCGUCACUUAUGCUUUUCUUACAAGCACGAGACAAACGCACGAUAGCCCCUUUAAGUAGAACAACUGACAGCUUAUUACGUUUCAACUUCUACGAUAUUCGAAUUUUAGAAACAAUGCCAGCACCACUACAGAGUUCGUUACUAGCCUGGGCCCAUUUUGAAAACACGCUCCGGCCUUAUUUUGCAACAUUAAUCAUGUACAAUCUUUAUAUAUAUUUGAUUUGUAUAUGGAGUUAAAUUGUUAGAAAUAUAAUAAAUUA